AUGGAUGAGAAAUCAGAUUGGUUUCUUGCUAGUGGCGCAUCGUCACACAUGAGCCCUGAGAGAAAGGAUUUUCAUACUUACAGAGAGUUGAAAGAGAGCAUUGGUAUUACGAUUGCUGAUGGUGAAUCACUCCAUACGGUUGGUAUGGAUGAUAUUCACAUGCAGUGCCUUCAAAGUCGCAUAGUGAAGAUAGUAGACGCUCUCCACAUUCCUGGAUUAGAUCGUCGGCUACUCUCAGCUGCAAUACUUACCCUGAAGGGUCUUACGGCGAGUUUUGGUACGAAAGAGUGUACUAUCUUUCGUGGAAAAGAAUCGAUAGCGACCGUACCACAAGCAAUUAAUGUGUAUCGUGUGAAGAAUCAAGCACAGACUUUGAGUGUGAUUGACCAUCAAGAAAGACCCCGCGAUUGGAAGUUAUGGCAUGCGAGAUUAGGACACACGCAUCAUGAAAAUACGAAACGUGUAGUUGACGCGAGUGAUGGUAUCCCUGGGGGGCUCCAGCGUGGCCGUUGCCAAGACCUAUGUGGUGGAUGCAUGCUUGGAACGAAAACUGUCAUGCAAUUCCCAAAGCAAACAAACCGUGGUACCACACGAGUUCUACAACUGGUUCACACAGAUCUCAUGAGACCCAUGAAAGUAACGUCUACCGGUGGAGCAAAGUAUGUACUGCUCUUCACAGAUGACUAUUCGCGCUACAUAUGUGCACACUUCCUGAAGAGUAAGACGGAAGUAACAAAUCGUUUUCGUGACUACAAAGCGAAGAUGGAAGUGCAACUAGGUGCUCGAAUCAAAAUUGUUCGGUCAGACAAUAGGACCGAAUUCUACAACAAGAAGUUAAGCAAGAUUAGUGUUGAUGGUGGGAUCAUCCACCAACGCUCUGCACCAUGUAGCCCUCAACAAAAUGGGCUUGCAGAACGGACAAACCGAACCGUGAUGGAGAUGGCAAGAAGCACGAUGAUGUUCAAGGCUUUUGAAACUCGAUGUUGGGCUGAUGCAGUCAAUACUGGUGUGUACCUGUCAAAUCGGAUGUCUAGCACCGUGAACACUGAUAUAACACCAUAA